CUUGUCCUAUGUAUACGAACUUCCAUGAUUACGAUGAGCGCGGAAUGCAGAUCAACAAGGAUCUUGCAAAUAUUGCAAUCUAUCCGAAAUUGGUGGCACAAGCUUCUUGAACCAGAAGCAGUGCGGUGCUGCCUCCGAUGAUGACAGACGACUAUUCGAGAUCACAGGAACGCGAACACCAUGCAUCAGACGGGAACCCAGGCCGUCACGACAGGCGCACAGCCAGCAACAUCUAGUGCAAAUGCUGGAGGCGUGACAACAGCAAUGGCUGCUGGCGGUGGAGGCGGCACAUCCUCGACGAUCGGUGCUGUGCACACUGGUGGCGCCUCUGCGGCUGGAAGCAGCACCGCAGGAGGCGUACGGGUGCUGUAGGGACGUCGGCGGGGGCUGCAGGCGGUGUCUCGACGUCGACGACAGAGUCUCAUGACGUUAAAAUCACUACGGGGACAAAAACCUCCACAACAGUCGCACGCUUGCAGGAGGAUCAGGCGGGACCAGCGGCUCACCCUCGACAAAUGAAUUUGCAUCGGGCGGCAGCGUGAGCGGCGCACCCUCGACAACGGGCGCUGUCAAUACUGAUGGCACAGCGGUUGGCAGCAGCACGACAGCGGGUGUGGUGGCAGGGACAACGGUUCCGGGUACUGCUGGCGUCACUACCUCUGUGAGCCAAACUGAUGACGUCAACGUAAUCAUGGGCACUAGGAGCUCCACGACAGGCGCACAACAAGCAACAUCGACCGCAGUAGCAGGCGUGGGUGCUGGAGGCUCGACAAAGGCAAUGGCUGCGGGCGGAGGCGCCAGCGGUUUACCGUCGACGGCUGGCGCUGUCGCGACAAACGGCUCUGUUGCCACUGGUGGCGCUGUCGCCACUGGCGGCGCUGUCGUGACAAGCGGCGCUGUUGCCACCGGCGAUGCCGUAGCUGGCAGCACACCAGCAGGAGGUGUCGUGAGUGCGGGACGAGACGCGACAACAGGAGCAGAUGUGGGCGGAGGCACUAGAAGCAGCACUACAGGCGUUGCCACUGGUGGCGCUGUAGGUUGGCAUUUCAGUACUAGAUGUUAAGACGAAUAUGUAGUUGAUCCGAUUUCAUCUUCAAUUGUCUCCUGCUACAUAAGGACCAGAAGAAGGAGAAGAGAAGCCUAACUCCUCAAACUAGAAUUGGACCACGGGUCGUAGAGGCUGUAGACUACUCCGCAAAAAACCGAGGAUCAUUUUUUUUGAGCUUAAUGAAGUUAAGACGAGGCCGCUAGGAGUAGCAAAUACAUCUUCAUCAGAAGAGUCUCCAGUGCGAGCAUUCGACAAGAACAAGCAGGACACAGAGCAGACGAACAAGAGAUGACCCCUCAGAUUUGAAUAUUAUGGUUUUAGGUACGUAGCUCUUGCAGAACAAUUGGAAUUGAUAACUCCGUAAAGAAAGUUAGGUUCUAACCAAGCAUUCCGUAUCGUGGUAUCUUUAUUUGCUGAGAAGUAAUAAGACCUCAUCAUGGCCAUGGAGCUACAAUCCAAAGUUGACUCAACAGAAGAAGAAAAGACAGCUUCAUCUGUGGUGACCACUACAGCCGACCGAGGUGCUAAAUUGCAGUGGUCCCUCGUCUUUGCUGGAGUUCCCUCUCGCGGUAAAAGUAUCCUGAUCAACAUGGGAAAAAAUCGUCGUUCCUCUUGCUCAAAACGAAGUAGAAGCACGUUCUUGGUAGCUAGAUGGCCAUGACAUGGCGAUAUGGAUAAAAUAUCUUUCACCUUUCUUAAAUAUGCACAGGAGGCUAUGAGUCAUUCUCCUGGACGGAGACUCAAGAAUAAUCUGCGCUGACCACGAAGGUGUCACUUUCAUCGUCACUUUGAACUUGAAAGAAUUAGAAUCUUUAUCAAAAGACAACACGACAUGUUGUAGCGACUAAAACUAGACCGAAAACUCCUGGUAUAUGAGGUUCAUCUUCGUCGUGUCUGUAGACGUAGAAUAGAGAAUAACUCAGAUCAUUUUAUUCGCGAAUACAACUAGAAGCUUCUUCUUCACUUCCAGUUCCACCAGCAAGAUUGUUAGUAGUUUAUUAUUUUAUUUGACUACAUUGCUAGAACUAGAUCUAGUACAUCUAAAGCUGCAAUUUUCCUGAAAUAGAAGA